UACACAUCCAUAUACGAUACGUGUCGGAUUAUUUCCGAUACCCUUAGUCCUGUAGACGAUCAAGAAGAUCUUACAGCUGAAUAUAUCAAUUUUGUUUGAACACGUAGGACUCAAAAUGGAGAAGCCAAGUAAAAAGGACGUCGAAUUAGUUAACGAAAUUUUGAAACAAAAAGGCAGAAUGGUAUUAGACAGUGAACAAUUCAUGCUUAUAAAAACCACACUGAUACCAUUGCCUGAAGUUGUAAGUUUGUCUAAUCUUCUAGAACUUGCCAAAAGCUCAAUGAUAAGGAUACAAAUAGCAUACAACGAGAACACAAACAAAUAUUAUGUUAACCCUGAGUUCUUGAAGUCCUCAGAGUUAUUGCAGGCAGUUUGUUCUUCACUACCUUGUUAUGAUUUUUCGCUUGAGAAGUCAGAGUUGAUUAAAGAAAUUGAACAGUAUGAACAAGAGUUUAAGAUAAUAGAAAUAUUUUCGGACGUUUCAAUUGAACUUUUGAAAAUUGGAGACAGUACAGAAUUUCCAGGCAUGCAAGAUGAACAUAUCAAAUCAUUGAAUACAUUUUUGUCAUAUUUGGUCCAUACGUCAGAGGAUGACCGUGAGUUGUGUAACAAAAUAGCACAACUGACAGAGUUCUUAAAAGCAGUCACUAAAAAACUUGAGCUGUGGAGAGAGCCUUACCUCAGUAAAAGAAGCAUGCAGAUACAGGAAGGUGAAGAUAUCCUAGAACUACUCUUCCGUUUGCUGUAUAUAGUAACCAUGUUUGAAGAAAACAUUCAAAGAAUUCGGGAUGUAAAAUGUAUUGAAACAAUGACACCUUAUCUAAAUUCGGAGGACAAUGGAAUUCGGCUUCUCAGUUUAGCAGUUCUGAGUAAUGUAGCGAAUGAAUCUGAAAUUCAGGCUUUAAAAAGCAAUGAUGGCAUCAUUAGGUAUUUGGUAUGGGCAGUUUCCAUGGCACUUAAGACUGAAUGUGAAGUGUGGGACAUCUGGUCACUAACAGAGCUAGCAAAAAUUGUAAAACAGGUGGCCAGAAAUGAUACAAACCGAAGAUUAUUGAUACAACAUGGUGUAGUUCCACUCCUUGUUGAAAUUGCAGAACAAGGGGAAACAGAAGAACAAUAUGAAGCUGUUUAUAGUCUCUCGAAUCUAUCACUUGACAGCCAGAGCAAAUCACAAAUGAUCAAGACGAAACAUUGGAAAAUUAUUGAAACCCUAGAAAAACUGGCUAAAUCACCAGAAGAAGCCGUUCAAAAAAUCAGCAAGGAGGCUUUGUGUACACUACACAACAAUCAGACACAACUAACCGAAUGCUUACAAGAAGUCACAUCGGAGGAAUCUAAUAGCAAGCAGAGUACAUCUGAUGAAGAAUCGUCACCAGAAGAAAUUAAAUUGUUAUCAUGGAACAUCGAAGGUCUUUCUAGCGUUAACAUCAAGGAACGGACAAGUGAUGUAAUCGCAUUCAUAAACAGUGAAAGACCUGAUGUAAUCUUUCUACAGGAAGUCAUUGUUGAUACGUUGGAGAUGCUGUCCAGGAGGUGUCUAGAUAGAUUAUACGUUCAUAGAAUCAGCUGUUGAAAGUUAUUUCACCGUCAUAAUGGUGAAACACAAGGUUGCACAGGUUACGGACUCGAAAAUCAUUCCUUUUACUAGCAGUACACAGGGAAGAACGUUACAAAAAGUUGAGUGUACAAUAAAAGCUUUACCUUGCGUGUUGAUGACAUCACAUUUGGAAAGUAUGAAAACCCAUAGCGAUGAAAGGAAACAUCAGAUGAAAAGAGCUCUACACCAUGUGGUAAAUGCUAGUCGAGACAGGACUGUUCUUUUUGGCGGAGACUUUAACAUUAAAGACAGAGAAAUACGUGAAAUGAAGGGACUUCCUAAAGGUGUCCUGGACCUUUGGAUAGAAACUGGAAGGAACAAAGACACACAGUUUACGUGGGACACAUCUAUCAACACAAAUCUGAAAUUUGCUGAAAAUCAAGACUUCAAACCUAAAAUUAGAUUCGAUCGCAUUUAUAUGAGACAUCCAAAAACAGAACCCGUUAUAUCUCCAGUGUCGUUUCAGUUGAUUGGUCAAGAAAAAAUUCCCACUUGUGAUUGUUUCCCUAGUGAUCACUGGGGUAUUCUUGUACAUUUUGACAUAAACAAAAGUAAUACAAAAUAGUCAGAAUGCUACCACAUACAAUGUACAUAUUGACUGAACUCUUUUUUUGUCAUGCAAUGAUCGAACAGUUACAUUAGGUUUCGUAAUGUGGCCGUCGAUGAUUUACUGCACUGUGAUAAGCAGUAUAGUGACGCUUGUACAUUUAAGCGCUUUUAUGCGCGUCGAACUACUAUUACUUCUAGUUGUCAGUAAUACUGCACCAUGUUGACGUUGUUGUUCAGUGAUGGGAUUAACGGUAUUAAAUGUACAAAAAAUGUAAGCAGAUGCGAUAUAACUUCGAAAAUAAAGUUGUAUUAUAUACU